GUGCGACAUUGGCGCAACAUUAGCCGAAUGUUGUUUUCGAGCUUCUGUUUUUCCCAUACUGUCGUGCAGUCGAAGAACGAGGACGAGGCCUGCGCAGGAAAGCCUCGCCGGUCGAUUGUUUUAGUGGCCGCGCGCAGCUCUAACCAGCAGUUCGCAGUGCGCCGAUCCCUCGCAGCGUGGAAGCGCUCUCUCUGCGAUCAUCGCGCUUGCUAUUUUUCCUCUCGGAACGUCCCCUGUACGUAUCACGCUGUCCAGUCCACAAUGAUCGAUGAAGACUCCAUCUCGGUAGUGAUCACGGCCUCCAAGGAAGUCGAGGGUGGCGAUACGCUCGAUAACGGCGAAGGCAACAUCAAGCUCCACAGCAAGCGCAACAAGUAUACCAUAUACACGGUCUUUGUACGCAACGUCACAACUGGAGGCAAAUGCGUCGUACGGAGGCGUUACUCGGACUUCUUCAAGCUGCGCAAGGAGCUCAUGGAGCUCGUGUCCUGGGGCCACUGUGGCUUCUGCGAGCAAUACGUGCAACAGAUCGCGGGCUACCCGUUCCCGCGCCGACGGCUGCUGCGCUCGAGUCGCGCGGCCGUCGUGAAGGAGCGUAUGGAUAGCCUCGGACUGUUCCUGAGGCACAUGCUGCUGUGCAUCAUGGCCCGCAGCUUCGAGAACUGCUCACAGGCCUGCGAGAACAUUGAGAACUGCAUUUUGAAGUCCUUUUUGCAGAUGGAUCAGACGGAAACCCUGUUUCCGACCAUGGCGUCCAAGCAGCGUCCCAUCGAUAUCCUACAGGCUAUGGAAGAGAAACGCCAGCAACAGAUCAAGGCCGCCGGACUCCGCACCAAGAGCCUGGCGUAUACGACGCUGUCGGACCAGAGCGACCAGCUCAGGCUGUCUCGCAACCAGCGCCAAGUCGGCACGGACACAUGUCAUCUCUGUCUUCAGAAGUGGACGCACUGCUAUUGCAACAGCGACCAGGACAGUGUUUACCCUGUCAACGUCGCUAGAGUGAGCAACGGCUAUGAGAGUCCGGUCCAUGAGCGUCCCAGCGUCUCGAUGGUCGAGAGCGACACAAGCCGAUGCAGUCGCUGUGAGAACGACUGGAACCACUGCUAUUGCUGUCAACAAGUAUCUCCGACGGCCUCAUCGGUAUGCACGGACCGCUGAGCGACAUCAUGUCAUGAUGUAACCCCUGUGCUUCUCAAACCAUAACCUCUGCCCAAUUAUUGUUAGGCGAAUCUUGAAAAAAAUAUUGUUAUUUCUGACUGGUCCA